AUGGAAAAAGAGAACAAUUUUAAUUUAAUAAUUAUAGAAGAACAGCGUAAGAUACAAAACAAGGUAAUUGAAUUCAUGUAUGAGUUGUGGAACUUGAAAUUAAAGUAUCAGAAUCUUAUAGAACCUAUCUUAAAAGAGAGAGAUACAGCAAUCAGAUCUUUAACAAAAGAAAAGAGAGUUUAUUUGUUUGAGAAAAUCAUUGAGACAUUUCCAGAAUUCCAGUCUCUAUUACCAACUCGUACACACGAGGAUGUAGAGUAUUAUGACAUGUCUUUUAUCAAUAUGUUGAAAGUAACUCUUCUAGAAAACUUUAAAGCAAAAGUUGAAUUGGAAGUAUUUGAAAAUCCUUAUAUUGAGAACACUAAAUUAGAGCGUAUUAUUUGUUUAGAUGAUAAUAAGGGUCAUUUAGAUAAAAUUAAUUAUAGAGAAGGAGUGGAAAAGUGUGAUUUAUUUAAUUUCUUUGGAGAAGAAGAUGUUGAUUUAUCAUAUUUUGAUCUUUUUUAUGAUUUAUACUGCGAAUUGGGUAAUGGAAUUUCUUUAGAAUAA